GUUUUCGUGUGGAUAAUAUCAAGCAGAUCUACGGUAUAUGGAAAGUUUUAUAUAUACAAAUCAAGCUUUUAUGUGGCGAUCCUUGUUUGUUGCCCGCGUUUGUCAUCUAGAUCUUCAAGUCCCGAUGUAACAUCGAUGGCAGUAUCGGCAAUUUGAUGAUGUCGAUGUCGCUGAUUGUAGUAUGAUCGAAGAUUGAACAGUUAGCUGAAUUUUGAAGUCUUUAUAAGCCGCUUCAUCCAGUUUGGAAAUUGUGUGUAUAUUCUUCUAUUUCUAGAUUAUACCAAGAUUUCUGCUUAAUUCUCAUAUAUACCCACCCCUCUUCAUAUUGCUUGUUGUUGAAAUAAUUAACUAUUGAUAUCCAAACAUUCAUCAAUAUGAUUGAAAAACGAGCCAACGAUGCAUUGCACGCAAAUCCAGAUGUUUUUCACUACCCAGCGAGCUCCGAUAUCAGCAUCACAACCCAUGGAAGUGAUGUGUAUUGGGCCAUUACUGCUGCAAUGGCCUUUGCAACUAUAGUUUUCCUGGCUUUGAGCUUCCGAGUUCCACGAAGCAAGCGUGUCUUCCAUUACAUCACUGCGGCCAUUACUAUGACGGCCUCGAUCGCGUACUUUACCAUGGCGUCAAAUUUGGGCUAUGCUUCUAUCAUUCAGGAAUUCCAACGAAGCGAUCCUAAAGUCAGUGGUGUAUAUCGAGAAAUUUUCUACGUGAGAUAUAUCGAUUGGGUUGUCACAACUCCUCUUUUACUUUUGGACAUCCUGUUAACUGCAGGUCUUCCAUGGCCAACGAUAUUGUUCACAAUCUUCUUGGACGAGAUUAUGAUUAUCACCGGUCUCGUUGGUGCUCUCGUUGCAUCUUCUUAUAAGUGGGGAUAUUUCGUCUUCGCAAUGGCUGCCCUCUUUGGUAUUGCUUGGAACAUUCUCUUCGUCGGAGCUCAACAUGCCAAAGCUUUGGGCAGUGAAGUGAAUAAAGUAUACUGGACUUGUGGAGGCGUUACCAUGUUCCUCUGGUUUCUCUACCCUAUCGCCUGGGGUCUUUCAGAAGGUGGAAAUGUCAUUGCACCCGAUUCAGAAGCAGUCUUCUACGGCGUUCUCGAUGUCCUUGCCAAGAUUGGCUUUGGUUCUCUCUUAUUGUUUGGUCAUCGUAAUAUCGAUCCUGCGCAUCUGGGUCUGCAUAUUAGGGAUUACAAUGAACAGCCAAGGACAUUCAAUGACAAGGAUGUUGGCCAUCAUAAUGGUGCCCAUCAUGAUGGUGCACAUGUUCCGGUUACGAACAAUGGUUAUCGUGAAGGACAGAAUACUCCAGCGGCUACUGCAGUUAAUUCAAACCAUGCGGUUAAUGAUGCGGCUUACAAUAAUACGGGUACUGUUCCUGUUAAUUCGUCGGUUGUUUAAACAACGGGCUUGUGAUCGCUUGGACGAUAAAAUGGUUAAGGGAUUUUGGAUCCGGAAAUGUGGAAUAGAGGUUCUAGCUGGGCAUGCUAUGAAUGUCUAUUCGACAUGAUGGCAUGUAGGCUCACCAAAGUGAAAAGGUGGAGAAUAUAAGUCGUGGAAGUCUCGCACUGGAAACUUUUGGUUCUGCAGGGAUGAGCAUGGGAAUAUGCUUGUGCUUUUUUAUGUGUUUUACUGUUUAAUGAUAAUGUGGAUGAGGGAGAUGAAGGAUAUAAAUAUUUGGAAUUGGGCGGGAGAUGUGGAUGGAUUGGUUGUUGGCGAUGACUUUUUUUUUCUUCUUCUUUUCUUUUCUAGUGUAUCUACUUUUUUACUUUUUUCCUAGAUGAAUUAUGAUGAUUGUGAUUUA